CUCGUCGGUUGACAUUGCUGGUCACAACAUCAUCGCUUGUUCUCCGCGGGAUCCGCGCCAUGAAGCAGCUGGUGGUACAAAGGGUGAGGCUCAGAGCCCGAGCGGAGGGUCGAAGGCUUCUGUCGCAAAGCAGGUGGCCCGAGACGAGCGGCAUUCAUGAGCCGGUCUGGGAUAAGCAGAUCAUGCAGUUUCCUCUCAUGAAUAUGUUCGAGACCUAUUUCGUCCUCCGAGAGGCCCGGCAACGCGUGCUGAACGGCUCGAUGCUGCACUCAGUGAACGACUUCAACCACCGCUUUAUGGAGCGCUUUUUGGGCUUCCACAACGAGGUGGAGUCCAUGUCCGGCAAGAGGCGCAGCGAGCCUGGGCGCCUGGAAGUGGCAUCCUUGACGGCCCGAGCGGUGUGGCUUCAGCAACGACCAGGGUCCAGGUGGGAGCUUCUACCACACUACUGCCAGGUGGUGCAGGGUCGUCGUGCCCAACACCAUGGGCAAAAGUGGCUACAGGUCACCACCCGCCUGGCCCUUGAGGAGCGAUGGCUUUCGAGGAGUAAGGAAGACUUGCGAGCCAACUCCUCAGAUCGGCAGGAUUCUCAGAUGGAACGAGGUCCGCGAGCACUUUGUGGUCUACGAGCUGCCCCGAGAGGGCGCCAUCGUUCAGGACUUCCGGAUCGCCGCCAUUCUGCCGGACGCGGAGCCGGCCAAAGAAUAGAAAAGGUGUUGAGAACUACAGCGGCCGGUGGGUGCGGAAAAGCAGAGGUUUUCCACAGACGUUUUCCACACGUCCUUUUCAAACACUGAGACAGAGGUUUGCAGCUGUUGAAGAGCAGAGUUAUUCGUGCUGUGAG